GGCCAAGCCCACGCCCGAGCCCUCGGCCGAGCCCACGCCCAACCCCUCGGCCGAGCCCACGGCCAAGCCCACGGACCUGCCCACGGGCCUGCCCACGGCCAAUUCCACGGCCAAUUCCACGGACCUGCCCACGGCCAAGCCCACGGACCUGCCCACGGGCCUGCCCACGGCCAAUUCCACGGGGAACAGUACCAACAGUACCUCGGCUCCCACGACCAGCCCGACGGCCGCCCCCACGGGCGCGCCCACCGCGGCGGG